CUUCUCUCAGAGGGCGGUUGGCGGGGUUGCGCGUCGGCCGUGUUUUUUUUUUGGCGGGGGCUGGGGGCGUCUCUGCGUCGCCUUUCCCUUGGCAGCCUUUCCUCCUUCGCUUCGUCUGGCCGGAGCGAGCCCCGGAAAGGCGAAGGGUGGGCUUCCCGCCUCCUUUUCUCCCCGCCCGCCGGCCGGUCGGCGCCCCUUUCCCCUCAGCCUCGCCUCCCCUCACGGAUACCAACAUGGCGGCGGUGUCGGGGGCCGCCGCGGGCAGCUGUGGGAGCCCUGCCGGGGUCCCGGAGAUGGUGCGCGGGCAAGUCUUCGACGUGGGGCCUCGCUACACCAACCUCUCCUAUAUCGGGGAAGGGGCUUACGGGAUGGUCUGUUCAGCCUAUGAUAAUUUGAACAGAGUUCGGGUGGCGAUCAAGAAAAUCAGCCCUUUUGAACACCAGACUUACUGUCAGAGAACCCUGAGAGAGAUCAAAAUCCUGUUGCGUUUCAAGCAUGAAAAUAUUAUUGGGAUCAACGACAUCAUUAGGGCUUCAACUAUUGAUCAAAUGAAAGACGUCUACAUUGUGCAAGAUCUCAUGGAAACAGAUCUUUACAAACUCUUAAAGACUCAACAUCUCAGCAACGAUCAUAUUUGUUACUUCCUUUACCAAAUUUUGAGAGGACUGAAAUACAUCCAUUCAGCCAACGUAUUGCACAGGGACCUCAAACCGUCCAACUUGCUGCUAAACACUACUUGUGAUCUCAAGACAUGUGACUUUGGUUUGGCUCGUGUGGCAGAUCCAGACCAUGACCACACUGGUUUCCUAACAGAAUACGUAGCUACGCGUUGGUACAGAGCUCCUGAAAUCAUGCUGAAUUCUAAGGGAUAUACCAAAUCUAUUGAUAUUUGGUCUGUAGGCUGUAUUCUGGCGGAGAUGCUAUCAAACAGACCCAUCUUCCCAGGAAAACACUACCUUGAUCAGCUCAACCACAUUCUUGGAAUUCUUGGCUCUCCUUCCCAAGAAGACUUGAACUGUAUAAUCAACGCAAAAGCGAGAAAUUACUUGCUUUCUCUACCGUAUAAAAAUAAAGUUCCCUGGAACAGAUUAUUUCCAAAUGCUGAUCCCAAAGCUCUUGAUCUGUUGGAUAAAAUGUUGACUUUCAACCCUCACAAGAGAAUUGAAGUGGAAGAAGCUUUGGCUCACCCCUACCUAGAACAGUAUUACGACCCCAGUGAUGAGCCUGUAGCUGAAGCGCCUUUCAAAUUUGAUAUGGAGCUGGAUGACUUGCCGAAGGAAAAACUGAAAGAACUAAUUUUUGAGGAAACUGCCAGAUUCCAGCCAGGAUACAGAUCCUAAAUGGCAUAAGGGAUAAAGGAAUUAAAGGGCUGGGCACACUCUUCGUAGACAUUCUCUUCCUGGAUCUUUCUCUAUGAUCAUAUGACGUGGCCUCCUAAACAUUUCAAGCCAUUCAGGAGGACCAUUUCUAUGGCCGUCCUGGCUUUCUAUGUCUUCAACCGAUUCUCUCUCUCAUGCCUGAAGAAACGUUACCAAUACUCCUGCGUGUAAAACCCCAACUUCCCCUCCCCACCGAUCUUUUGCAGGUACUGUCUUUAUAAACACACCACCCUUCGAUCACGCCAACAUGGUUUUAAGAGUAGACCAUGUCCCCUUUCUGGUUUGAAAGAUGCAGUGUUGGCUUCUGACCUUGAGGAGGGCGGACUAUUUUGUACCUUGGAUCAUUUUCUUUUUCUAGAUUUUUGUAACGGCAUUUGAGAGGGAAAAAAUAAUAAUAAUUAAGGAACAUUGAGGGCACUUUAAGUCAGGGGCAUUUGCCACAACUUUUGCACUUCUUUAAGCUUGCCAUGUUUACUGACAUACACAGUACGAGAGGACAGAUCCAGGCAUACACUGUAUUUAUACUUUUUACUCCCCCCCCCUUUCUCUGGGCAUAAAUUAAGGCAGGUCACUUCAAUGCUGAGACAUCUCGGUAAACGAUGCAGGGGGGGGGAAAAACCCCUUUCCCCCUUCUUUCCCCCCCCCACUUUAAGAGAUCGUAGGUACUUGUGCAAUUUUAACUUUGAAUGGUACACCUGGGAUUUCCAAUGCCACAUUUGCAAGGUGCAUCUGCUUACCCAGAAGCCAAUCUGGUUGAUUUGAACAGGACAUAAUCCCCGCCGACCUUAGAAUUUCGGUCGUUUUUCAACCCAGCAAAAAUGAACUUUCAUACGAAAUCUUUGAUGGGUUUCUUUUUCUGGAAACGCAUCCAGGGGGAUUAGCAGAGAAAUUUUUGUGAACACCAUAAACUCCACCCAAAUACGAAGAAUCCUCACUUGGUACCUUUCUUUUGAAUGUAUGUAUGUGGUGGGCUCUGGGGGGGGGGAAAGGGGGGGGGAAGGAACACUGCAUCUUUAAAAUAAGAAAGUGAGAACAACUGUAUUUCCACAGCAUGUCGGCAUCUCGCCUUUUAUUUCCUGUAACGUUCCCCCCCCCUCUUCCCAUAAUGCUUCCAGAAUUUAUAACUCUGGACCUCUUGUUCAGUCAGCUGAUUUAAAUUGCAUUAUCGAGACCCCCCCAACCCGGGGCCCACGAAAUGAAUAGAACCCUUGGUUCUGUUUCAUCAAUAUUCUGCCUUUUUUUUUUUUUAAUGAUAGCUCUUCAAGUAUUUGUUUCUGAAACUGUACAGUGUGGAGUUUACUAGAUGUUCUGUUCCAGUGCAGUGCCUCAUUGACACUUUUCCCUCUUCCCCCCACUGCCCUUGGUGAAAAAUUUUACCUUGUUCUAAAAUGACAACUGUGUCUCUUCCUCGCAUGACUGUUAAAAGCUUUCUGUGCACAAAUGAUUGUCUUAAGUGCCACAUAGCUGGAGCUGAAACAACAAAAAAAGUUACCUCUAAUUAUGCUCAAUGAAAUUCUCCCCAGCAAAGAGAACAUUUCAUUGGGGGAGAAUAAAGCGUGUUCUUAGCUGUUCCAUCUUUUCUUUUUUUUUUCUUUUUUGCUCUGUUGUAUUUUGGCAGCAGUGCUCUUGUUAACGAAUCAAACAUUAAAAUUUCGUUUUGGUAUAUUUCCCUUUACUUUUUUCCAAAUAAUUUUUGUUUGCCUUUUGAAGCAUUUUUGUUGGGAGUCUUGCUGUUUUAGUCUUGGGGUGACUUGCGUUUAAUUUUUACUUCCUGCAAGGGCGAGAAAGUCUUUUGGGUGGAUUCUUAAUGGGCCAAUCAUUAUGUAUAUAUGCUAAAACAAGUAAGAUUUCUUUUCUGUUAAGGAUGUGGCGUUAUGGUCUCCACUUGAUCCAUAGUUAGUUAAUUUGUUUCUCUGAUCCAAAAUUCCAUUGAGCUUGGUAAGACUGUUCAUUAGGAAAUUAGAAUUACAGUUUUGGCCACUUUAGGUGCAUCUGAAGUUGCGUACUGUGUAUAUCAACGUUUAUAUUAGGUGUUUACAGAUGACAGCAUUCUACAUUAAUACAUAAGCAAUCAGCCUGCUCAACCAAACUUAAUAAAUGUUUGUCUCUGAAAGUUGAUCUCUGUUAACUCUCGUGGAACCUGCAAAAAGCAUAUAUUGAAUAUUAUAUAUUGUUGGAAUAUUGUUGGAAAAGGUUUGACGCGUCCCAAGUUCUUUGCAACUUCCUAUGACUGUUAGAUCUGUCUUAAUUCUUCUUUUUUUUUUUAAACAGUUUUACCAUAAUGCCAGCCGUUAAGCUGAGCUGUUCUUGGGGGCUUGGCUUGCAUCAUUAUUACAACAUUAUUUUGGUGAUUUUUAGACUGUUACGAGUCUCUCAAGUGAAACAACACAGCAGCAGUUUUUGUUACAAGAAUGGAAAGUUGUGUUGACUUUGUUUAUUAUGUUUUGUACUAUCCUAUUCACCUGCAAUUUACAAUUGGACAAAGGAAGCUACAGACAAAACAUACUAAAACAGUGCUGCCCCCAACAUUUUGGGUACCAGGGACCGGUUCAGUGGAGAGGUUUUUCCAUGGACUGGAAGGGAUCUGGUUUUGCGUGCUGCCUGCAUCCCAUGGAUAAGGCUUAGCUUGUUUGUGUGGCCCUAUUUCUGGCAUGCUGCAGUCCAGUAGGCAGGCAUUGGGGACCUCUGUACUAAAAUCAGCUUUGAGAUAUUCAUUCAUUCUGUCUGUCAAUUGACUUCUGGCCAUUAACUGUUCAUUAAAGGCACAUCUUUUGACAGAAUAGAAUUUCUUGGUGAAAAAAGUAAGGCGCUACAUUUAGGCAAGAAAAAGCAAAUGCAAAGCUAUAGUAUAUAGAUGAUAUAGAUAGAUGGUACCCGGCUCAAUAGUAGUAACUGUGAGAGGGACCUUGGAGUCCUAGUGGACAACCAUUUAAAUAUGAGCCAGCUGUGUGCUGCAGUUGCCAAAAAAGCCAACACAGUUCUAGGCUGCAUUAACAGAGGGAUAGAAUCAAGAUCACGUUAAGUGUUAAUACCACUUUAUAAGGCCUUGGUCAGGCCACACCUGGAAUGCCAUAUCCAGUUUUGGUCACCACGGUGUAAAAAAGAUGUGGAGACUCUAGAAAGAGUGCAGGGAAGAGCAACCAAGGUGAUUAGGGGACUGGAGGAUAAAACAUAAAGAACGGUUGCUGGAACUGGGUAUGUCUAGUUUGAUGAAAAGAAGGAUUAGGGGAGAGAUAGCAGUCUUCCAGUAUCUCAGGGGCUGCCCCAAAGAAGAGGGAGUCAAGCUAUUCUUCAAAGCUCCUGAAGGCAGGACUAGAAGCAACGGAUGGAAACUAAUCAAGGAGAGAAGCAACCUAGAACUAAAGAGAAAUUUCCUGACAGUUAGAACAUUUAAUCAGUGGAACAACUUGCCUCCAGAAGUUGUGAGUUAAUCCAACAUUGGAAGUUUUUAAGAAGAGAUUGGACAACCAUUUAUCUGAAAUAGUAUAGGGUUUCCUGCCUGAGCAGGUGGUUGGCCUAGUCACUAGAAGACCUCCCAGGCCUCUUCCAAUUCUGUUAUUCUGUUACCAUAUUCUGUCUUUUUUUAAGAAAUGCUUCUAUCGGUACAGUUUUAAUACAUUAUUCCUUACGCCAUAUAUACUAGAAAUUACACAUUCGAUAAAGAAUAUGCAAUCAUAUUCAUGCCUAUUCAAAAAUGGUUUGAUAUAUGUAAAUAUGGAAUAUAUGGAUAUAUUGGACCUAAUAUGAAUUGAAUGAACCUCUGCUGGCCAUUUACAAAAUACUUUGGCUAUCAUGUUUGAGACUAUGCAGCUCAAUAGGGCAAAAUGGAAGACCCUUUGGUGCAGAUCCUUCAUGGAACUCCCCCAGCCACUUGAUAUUUAAGCAGUCCAAACAAUCCAGUUUUAAAAGUAACCUCAUAAUUUACAAAACUGGUGGAUAUGAGAUGACUGCCUAACCCCCUCCCCUCAGAGGUUCAAAACCACAACCCCCAGAGUUCCCUGCAAGCAUGUUCACCCUUCUGGGAGUUCUGGUUGUCCCACAGUGUCAGGGAUACGGCUGGGUGUACCUUAAUUCAGGAGUCUCCAAACUUGGCAACUUUUAAGACUGGUGGACUUCCAACUCCUAGAAUUCCCCAGCCAGCAAUUCUGGGAAUUGAAGUCCACGAGUCUUGAAAGUUGUCAAGUUUGGAGACCCUUGCCUUAACUGAUUACGAUUGAUUGUGUUUUAGUAAUGGAAAGCAAUACGUAAGGCAAGUGAAACCCCUAACUGAUAGUAAAUUACCCCAAAGGGUUGUGCAGAAAUAAUUCUCAUCCUGGUUGAUUCUAGAGUCUAAACGUAGGUACUUUGAAAUAUGCACACCUUGUAUAUUGCCAGCAAGCUAUAAGACUGUGAUGGUGAACCUAUGGCACACAUGCCACAGGUGGCACAUGGAGCCAUAUCGGUGGGCACGUGAGCUCAGCUCCGACAUGCAUGUGCGUGCAUGCCAGCUGAUUUUCAGGCCUUUUGGGCCCACCGGAAGUCAGGAAAAAGGCUGUUUCUGGCCUCCGGCGGGCCUCUGGGAGAGUGAGGAAGGCUAUUUUGGCUCUCCCCAGCCUCCUAGAAAGGCUCUGGAGCCUGGGGAGAGUGAAAAAUGGGCUUACCUUGCCAUCACAUGCCAAAAGUGGGAGCGUGGGGUGGGGGUUGCCGCACACGCAUGCGCGGGGGGCGGGACAGAAUUAUGGGUGUGGGCAUGUACAAAAGCGACCUCCCCUGCACUCCCCCCCCCACUUUUGGCACUCAAUGGCAAAAAGGUUAGCCAUCCCUGCUAUAGCACAUCCUUACAUCACAUACUUCGCUAUAACAUACUCCGAUCCCUGCAAGAAGGAAUCACAGGGAUCUAUGUUCAGUCUCUUCAGGCUAAAUUGGUUCCUGCAGACGAAACCUUAACUUGAAAUGAGCUCAGGUGAGUUAGACCUAAGAGAAUACUUCCAGCCAACAACGUUUUGACGCAAUUCUCAUUUGAACGGUAAAUUAUUUUUGUUGAGCGUCGAAGGAUCACGUUCAAGGAAAGCCUCAAAGUAAAAAAAAGUUCAGGUUUAGAUUUUGAGCAACCGAUUUGUUCGGUUGUCAUCUCCCGAAAUUCUCCAGCCAGCUUAGGUUGCUGCCAAGGAUCUGAAGAAACACCCAGGUUAGGAAAAUUGGGAUUGAAUUUCUGAAGCCUUGAGGAAGCCCGUCACCAUAUUCGUUUGGAUGAAAACCGGAAGAAACGGUUCCACCUGAGAACGAACACGCAAAGGUUACAACGAGUUGGUUUACUCUUUUUGCCUUUUCUCGUGGCGUGUCGGUGUGUAACGCACUCCUAAGGAAAAAACGUUUUGCUUUUAUAUUGCUUUGUACUGUCGGUGCCUUAGUCAUGUACCCCAGCCCCUCCCCCCCCGCAUAGCUAUUUUUAGUUAAUGGUUAAUUUAAAACCGGAAACAAAAGCGGAAUUUUAUAAAGGGUUUUCCGCCUGUUUACCUGAUAACACAAAACAUUUCUAUCGUGUGACAAAAUUUGUGAUUUGGUUGUUAUGCUAUGUAUAGGAUUAUUGUAAGUAGAAAAAGUUUAUAUUUUUGUCUUCUGUUGUGAGCGUACAUGCCUUUUUUUUUUUUUUUUAAGGAAAUGGAACAGUUAAUGUCUUGUUACUACAUACCAUCCGAUUCUUGUAAAAACAAUUGUGAAGGAACUCAUUAAAUUUGAUCCUGGAUUACUAAAGCAA